AUGCCGUCCCAUGAGAAGGGAAAGAAGUCACAGGAGAACAAUAUACCGCCAUCUGCGCCCAAGGAUGGCGAGAAGACCAAGGAUACCAAGGGCACGCCGACCGACAUCGUCUACCCCUCCGGUCUCAAGCUCGCACUUAUAAUGACAUCCAUCUUCGUCGGCAUGUUCCUGGUAUCCCUAGACCGCCUCAUCAUUUCGACCGCUAUCCCCCAGAUCACAAACGAGUUCAACUCGGCUGGCGAUAUUGGCUGGUAUGGCACGGCGUACCUACUCACAAGCUGCGCGUUCCAGCUGGUGUUUGGGAAGCUCUACAAAGUCUUCAGCAUCAAAGUUACGUUUCUGGCGUCUAUUUUGUUGUUUGAGGUUGGCUCAGCCCUUUGUGGUGCGGCACCGAACUCGAUCGCUUUUAUAUUGGGGAGAGCUAUUGCCGGGCUGGGAUCGGGAGGAGUUCUCUCGGGCGUUAUGGUUAUCAUCGUCUACGCCGUCCCCCUCCACAGACGCCCCAAGUACCAAGGUUUCUUCGGCGCCGUCUUCGGCAUCUCCUCAGUAGCCGGCCCCCUAAUCGGCGGCGGCUUCACCACAAAAGUCACCUGGCGUUGGUGCUUCUACCUCAACCUCCCCUUAGGCGGUGCGGUCAUGGUGCUCGUCUUCUUCCUCCUCCACAUCCCCGACCGUCCCACCACCAACAUUCCUCUCAAAGACAAACUACACCAACUCAACGCCUUGGGCCUACUCGCCCUCAUCCCCGGCGUCGUGUGUCUAUGUCUCGCACUCCAAUGGGGCGGCACCACACACCCCUGGAGCUCCGGCCGCAUCAUCGCCCUCCUCGUCCUCGUCCUCCUACUCCUCCUCGCCUUCGUUGCCAUCCAGGCCUGGAAACCCGACCAAGCCACCCUCCCCCCGCGCAUCUUCCUGCAGCGCAGCAUCAUCUCCGGCUUCUGGGUCAGCUCGUGUCUAGGCGCGCACCAGAUGCUAUUCGUCUACUACCUCCCCCUCUACUUCCAAGCCACCCGCUCCCUCUCCGCCGUCAGCUCCGGCCUGCACCUCCUCCCCCUCCUCCUCCCCGUCGUGCUCGCCUCCAUCGUCACGGGGCAGCUCGUCAGUCGCGUGGGCUACUAUACCCCCUUCGCGAUCCUCGGCGUGGGGCUCACCGCCAUCGGCGCGGGCCUCCUCACCACUCUCGCCGUUAGCACGUCCAAGGGGGGCUGGAUCGGGUACCAAAUCAUCUACGGCCUCGGCUUCGGCUUCGCGGCCCAGGCGCCGAACAUGGCGGCGCAGACGGUGCUGAAGCGCGAGGAGGUGGCGAUUGGGGCCGGGCUGAUGUUUUUCGGGCAGCAGCUGUUUGGGGCCGUGUUUCUUUCCGUUGGGCAAAACGUUCUCAACAACCAACUAGCUAACCGCCUCGCCGGCAUUCCAGGCAUCAGUGUCAGUCCGAAGGCGAUUCAGGGGACGGGGGCGACGGAGCUGCUGAAGCUGGUUCCGGUGGAGCAAAGGCGGAGGGCGCUGGGGGCGUAUAUGGGCGCGCUGCAGGUGGUCUUUCGCGUGGGGCUUAUCAUGGCGUGUUUGGCGGUGCUGGGGGCGGUGGGGAUGGAGUGGCGGAGUGUGAGGAAGAAUAUGCCCCCGAAGAAACUGGAUGGGGGGAGGGUCGCUGAGGAGGGGAAGGGUGGGGUGGGUGAGAAGGAAGCGCAGGCGGCGACGUUAGCUAAGGUUGGAGAGGUCGAGCAGAAGGCCGAGGAGAGGACAGAGACAGGGAGGUCGGAGAGUAAGGAGAUGGCGGCUUGAAGAGAAGAUAUUCUGCGUCUUGAAGAUCCAACAGUAGCUUAUUAGUGCUGGAUUCGUGUAUAGCUAGGAGGUAGGCCGCCUAGUUUCUCUAAGCCACGUAAGAGAAACGGGAUUUAAC